AUGAAAAUUCUAAAUCCAGUAGAAUGGUCAUGCAAAAAAGAAGAUUUGUUAAAAUUUGAUUAUAAAGAACUGCAAACAUUAUUAAAUCAUUUUAAAUCACCAAAAACUAUUAAUAAACAAAUCCUUUUACCAUUAAUAGAAUUUGAUUCUUGUAUAAUUGAAUG